UGCAGUAGUUGUGGGGAAGAAAAACAUAGAUAAAGUUGAAAAUAUGUGACAUGAUCUUUUCAUAGGUGGCUGUUGACAGGUCUAUCCUUUUGGUGUGUAUCUGUUUUCAAAUUUCCAAUUUGAUUUGAACCAGACUUCUCCACCCAUUGUCUUUGUUCUGGCGAGAUUGAUCCAUUGUCCCUUUCUCAUACCCUUUUGUUCUUUUGUUUGGCCUUUGCGGAGCUUUUUUGGUGUUUCAAAUUUUGAAACUAGCAUGGGUCUAGUGGUCACACACAGUAAUAAUCCAUUGGUUCCUGGCCACGUCACUUGCCUUGUUGAAGUGUACAUUUUGGUGUCAUUUGUAAAAUUGUAACGGUGACCUUUCCAUUUAGGCCUCGUAGCCUCUGCUCAUAUUCCCCUUAACUUUAUUGGAUUUACCCUUAAAAAAUAAAAAUUUGGAAGUUGGAGAACAUUAGCUUUUCUGUCCACUGUGCACAUGCUCAGGUACAGUACAUGAUUUUGACCUUUGCAUUCAAAAUUAGAGGGUAGUAGAUGUAAGUUGUAACUCUAGACUACACUAUAUUGGCAAUGUGCCAUGCCCUUGUUGUGCCUAAGUCACGUUGCAAAUUCAAAUUCUAUUUUCAAAUUAUUCAGUCCUACAACACUAUUUAAUUUCCUUGUAACGUUCUCUCUUGCGUACCAGAAUUAUUUAUGGGUUUUGUCAGUGUUCCCGUUUAUGGUGUCACGGUUUGGUAACAUGUCACUUUCUUAAUAGCUCAAUUACUCAUCAACCAAGUUUUGAUCUGGUCUAUAUUAACCUCCUUUGUGGUUGUACAUCCCAAUGUGACAUCUUGGUACAAGUUCAAACUUUAUGGUUCUGAAGCUAUGGAAUUGUGUAAACCUGACUUGGAGGAGAGGAUGAAAGUGUUGGCAAUGAGUACAACAGAAGAUGAAGAAAUGGGAGACACAUUUGCUGAUAGAGCAGAAACUUACUACCAAAAGAGGCCUCAGCUACUGUCCCUUCUGCAGGACUUGUACAAUGGCUACAUAACCUUAUCUGACCGUUACAUCCAAACACUGGCCAAACACAAGCACCAUAGUAGACACUCUUCUCAAGUUUCAACUGUAGAUGAAGGCUUCUCUGACCAAGAAGAAGAAGCUAGUGGUGUGAGCCACAGUGAUUCAGACAUUGAAAGCUCAAUCUCCUACCAACACCCCCAACACAUGAUGAUGCCAAUAGGCCUCCCAAAAAGCUCCAUGCUUGAUGUUGAUGCUAUUGUUGCUGAGCUUUUGAUAAGGAAUAUUGAGUAUGACAUGUUGAUGCAUGAAGUUGGUGUCAUGGAGAGGAGGUACUGUGAGUCCUCAAGGAAAAGUGAGCUUCAAAAGAGCCUUCUUGAGGUGUUGGAGUCUGAGAGGAUUGUUCUUUUGAAUGAGAAUGCUAGCUUGGGCUAUAGGGUCAACACUUUGGUGGAAGAAAACAAGGAGCUUGCAUCUGAGUCAGUGUUCAUCAAGAGAAAAGCCGGUGAGCUUGCUAAGUGUGUGCUGAAGAUGAGGGAGGAUCAUAGAGUGUACUUGCUGCACAGGAAAAUUGAGGAUCUUCAGGCUCAGAUACAUGCCUUGGAGAAGAGGAACAAGGAGUACUAUGAUAAGCUUCUGAGAAGAGAUGGUCAUGAAGAUGGUAAAAAAGGUGUGGCUUUGGAGGUUUGUGUUCAGAUGGACAAGCAAAAGAGGUUCAAGUGGAAAGAUGGCAACACUUCUGGGAUGAAGAAAUUUCAUGGGAAGAAGUCCCCCCCAAGUUUGUGGAAAAAGCUGAAGAACAUGGAUUUGUUGUUGUGUGGUACUAAUCCAACUUGUGCUUGAUGAUGGAUGAUUCAUGGCUGGUAGUGUUUUUUUGAGUCCAUAGAAGUUUUAUUUAAAGUUAAAUAUGUAUACUUUUUGGCGAUUUUAAAGGGUAGUAGCAGUAGGUUAUUACUAGGUUAAUUACUCAUAAGCCAUGGUGUACAUUCCAACAUGAGGCCUUUAACAUAGAAAUGCAUGAAGUCACCCCUCUAGCUAAAUCAUUGACAACUAAUUGUAGAUCAGUUCAACAUCAUCUUGUAAAAGCUAGAGUGGAUUUGUACUUUUGCCUCCGUUAUUUUAGUUGAUCUUUUCUACCACAUUGUUAUGCUGUUAUAAGUUAUCUUAACAAUGGUGUGUAAUGAGUGAAAUGAUUCAAUUAGUAACUUGAUGCCCUUUUGUAUUA